AUGCAGGUGGCACUGGGAACCCAGCUGAUCACGCACGACCUUCGGCUGGACUCCAUUCUGACGGGCGAUGCUGACGCCUCCGUUACCAGGCUGCCCGAGCCAGCCAACAUCAAGGCGUUUGCUGGGGACAGAAGAGCUCUGGGGCUGGCCCUACGACCACUGGAGACCUUCCCCGUCGUGGCGAUGGAGAUGCCCUUCCACGCGGCCGUCUUUGAUGCCUCGACGUGCCAGCAGUGGGAUGCGAUGGAGGCGGCGUGCAAAGAUGGCUACCGGCUCGAAGGCGAAGGCGACACCGACCUCACCCGGAUCCACCUGAAGCUGGGUCAGGAGCAGCUCGGUUCCGAAUGGCUGCCUUGGGAAGCACUGGUAGGGGUCCCGCAGAAGGAGGUGGUGGCAGUCCUUGCGCUUCAAGCCUCCUUUCUCAUGAUUUCCGACGGCUACGGCUGGAUUGCCGCCGUGCUUCUGAUGGAGGGGGGUGACCUGCUGGCCAGCACAGCCUUCGUGAAUGAGGGAAGCGGUCAGCUGCGGUUCCGGAGCAUGGUGUUUUCCAGCUCUCUGCGUGUGAAGUCCUGGGAGGAACUCCAGCGUCUUCGCCCCGACUUUGCAGCGGCAAUGGCGGCACCCGCGUCGGCGCGGUGGGGACAGCGCGAAGCAGAGGAGGCGGAGGAGGCUGCAGUGAAAAGCCUCGGGCCUCUGCGCAUUGCAAGUCCAGACAUAGGCGUUAGCGGCCACUGGACUUGCGGGAUCGUGCUGAGAGACUGGAGGCAGAAGCUUGGGGAGGAGGACCCGUUCAAUCCGCGUUACACGGGCCUGGAGGGCUGGCCUGCAAAGAUCUUCACCAGACAUCUGGGCAAGAUGCCCCCCGACUUUCUGGCUGCGCUGCGAGCUGCGAAUGACGAGGCCGAGCGCUGGAACCAGGUUGUCAACGAAGUGGACCAGAUGUGUGGGGACCCUGAGAUGCCCUUCAAAGGCAGGGGCGGCAGAGGCAAGGGUAAGAACAGAGCAGUGAGCUGCAAGCAACCCUUCUCCACCGCAGUCCAGGAGUUACGUACCCGGCUGUCCGGGUCCCCCAAGUUUGACCGAGCAGUGGCAGCGCUGGAAGACCUGGCCUCACCAGACUCGCAGUCCUACAACCUGGGGACCCUUGCGGUUGCCGCCAUGGAGUUCUUUGAGGUUGACUUGCUCUUUGGCCCAGGGCAACGGGAGGUCAUGUAUGACACCUGGGCUGCCGCACAAGCUUCCCAAGCUGCCAAGACUGCAGCCAUCUGCGGCGGGGUGUUCCUGCAGAUGUCGCCGUUCAUGUGGCCACGGUUCAAUGCCUACAUGAACCCUGCGGGCAGAUGCUUUUCCUUCGAUCAGGCCGCCAACGGCUACGUGCGCGGCGAAUGCUGUGCCAGCGCAGCUCUGAAGCCGUAUGCCGAGAAGGUCGACAACCAGCUGCUGGUCGUGGACGCGCCUGUCCUAGGUACCCUCGUCGGCUGGCGCAUGACGAACAACGGGCGCAGCGCGGGCCUGGCGGCACCCAGUGGACCUGCCGAGCAGGAGGCCAUCGCCGACUGCGUCCGACAUGCCGGCAUCUCGCCUUUGGACGUCGAUGCUAUGGAGUGUCAUGCUGCAGGCUCCCUCCUGUCUGAUGGCGUCGAGGUGGCCUCCACCCUGUCAGUUCUGCGAGGCAUGGAAGGCGGAGAUCGAGAGAUGCUGACCGUGAGCUCGGCGAAGCCGAAUGUCGGCGUGCAACAGGAGGCCUGCGCCAUGACUUCCUUCCUGAAGGUGCUCUACAACAUCAGCUACGCCAACCAGGCCCCGGCCAUCCAUUUGAAGCAGCUCAACCCGCACAUCGAGCUUGGCGAGGCUGCGGUCAAUUUCAACAACGAGGCCAUGGCUUACAGGGAUAGCCGCGUCUUCAACGGCUUCGGCACUCGCGGACUUGGUGGCACCAACAUCAACAUGCUCUGCUGGUUCUCCGCAGAUGGCUCCCGCGUCCCAGUCGUGAAGCCGAAGAUGGAGAGGGCUUCCUUCUCCUACUGGCCGGCAGGCGGCGGCAUGCUGGAGAGCGACCUCAAGGCCUCGGAGGGCUACUUCAUCAUUGGCACCUGGACCAAUUGGCGAACACCCGAAGAGAUGGUGCGGCAGAAGGACGGCUCCUUCACCACCACCGUCACUCUUGGCGAAGACUGCGUGGAGGCCUUCCAGAUCUUGCUGGAUGGUGAGAAGGACAAGGUCUUGCAUCCGGAGAGGCCGAAUGCCCUGCCGGGCAGCAGAUUGCAGGGCCCGACCAUGGGCUACUACCUUCAUGGCCAGAACCUGAACUGGGUCAUCGACGGCCGCGAGGUGACUCUCCCGGCCGUGGAGGAUGCAAUCAGCUCCAUUCUGCCCUCGAGCAGCGUCAAGCAGAAGCUGCGGAGCUCCCAGGACGCGUUGGCCCAUGCCAGAGACCAGGGUCAGCCAGGUGACCAGUACGAGGUGAAGCUCUACAUCUCUGGGAAGUACCGUGCAGUGACGUGGUCCAAGAUCACAUAA